CAAUAAUGAGAACUAGUCUAUUGAUAUUUGCGCUCAGUUUAGCGUUUGCUUACAAGUUGUGCGUGGCUGAAGAUGAAAGUUGCCUAAGAACCGAUGGAAAAAGUGGAUAUUGGGUGCUUAAAAAGCAAUGUCCAAAAAUCCUCGACAUGUUAAGGCGGAGAUUAUCCGGAAUUCCAUUUACGGCGGAAGAAAGAAUAUAUAUAAAUCAUUCUAGAUGUCCAGGCUCAAAUCGAUUAGUGUGCUGCGAGGAAGACGUAAAGGUGAUUGAAGGAAUUCGAGUGUUGAGCGAGCAAAAUUGCGGUCAAUUUGGUACUAUGAAAACCAUUGGAGGCAAAGAAGUUGAAUUAAUGUCCAGACCCUGGAUGGUUUACCUGACUAUAAACUACAAUGCAACUGUUAGCUUUACGUGUGGUGGCACUCUAAUAAGCAAUCGCUAUGUACUAACCGCUGCACAUUGUUUUAAAAAUGGAACACUUCAAUCAGUGCAUUUGGGGGAACAUAAUCUAUUAACGGAAAUAGAUUGUAAACAGAAGAGAGGAUCAUUGAUAUGCGCACCGAAAGUUCAAGUUAUUCAAAAUAAUGAAGUCUUUCAACAUGAAGAGUAUUCUGCGAGAACUAAACUCAAUGAUAUUGCCCUGGUGAAGUUAUCAACAGAUGUAUUAUUUUCAAACAGCGUCAGGCCAAUUUGUUUGCCAUUGAAUGAAACACUGCAACAAUUAUCCAAAACAAUUGACAAAUUCUUCGUUGCUGGUUGGGGAGAACUUGGUCGCUAUCGGGCAUCUAAUGUUCUAACAGAGACAAUCGUCUCAAAUUUAAAUAAGACACUCUGUGAUCGAUCCUACAGUGGCAUUCCAGCUCUUGGCUCGACUCAACUCUGUGCUGGUGACAUUGGAAGAGACUCGUGUAGUGGCGACUCUGGUGGUCCAUUAGCCUAUGUGACCCAUCUGUAUAAUAACUCGCAACGCUUUGUACAGUUUGGAAUUACCAGUUAUGGAUCGCCAAAUUGUGGUGAUGGUCAUCCUGGUGUCUACACAAAUGUCGGCAACUAUAUUCGCUGGAUCGCCAAGAAAAUCGCCAAAAUUGUACGCUGGUUAAAAAUAUUACUGCAAGAAAAUCGGAAGCAACAUCGGAACUUACAGCUGAUGAAGAAUUGUACAUCAGAAAUUUCUGAAUGCCCUGUUCACAAAAAUGGGUUUGUGUGCUGUGAAGAUGCAGAAGAAGUGGCAAAAGGCGUUGAUGAUCUGAACCCAGACGAGUGCGGAGAAUUUGGAACAUCGAAAACAAUUGGAGGCAGAGAAAUUGCAUUGAUGUCCAGACCUUGGAUGACUCUGCUUUACAUUCGAGACGAGUUGGAUAACGAGGACUUCACGUGUGGCGGAACUCUAAUAAACAAACGCUAUGUAUUAACCGCUGCUCAUUGUUUCACUAGAAAAACGCUAUUGUACGUCCGUCUUGGAGAACACAAAAUAUCCCAGGGAAGAGAUUGCACCCGAAAGAGGGGAGUGGAAACGUGUGCGCCGCCAGUUGAGGAUGUGGAAGCGGAUCGAGUUUAUAUCCAUGAAAAUUACUCAUCUAUCACUGGCCACAAUGAUAUUGCUCUAAUCAAACUCUCACGAGAUGUUGAAUUCAAAGAGAGCAUUGGACCCAUUUGUUUGCCUGUCAACGAGACUAUUCAACAGAGUGUGAGCUCAAUGGAACUAUUCCAUGUGACGGGUUGGGGUAAAACCGAAGUCCGCUUUGCCUCCGAUGUUCCACUAGAAACCGUUGUUCGCCGCAAGGAUAUCGAUAACUGCCAGAAAUCUUAUCGAAGGCAAAUCAUCCCAGCUCAACUGUGCGCCGGUGGCCUUGGAAGGGAUGCAUGCAAUGGAGACUCCGGUGGUCCAUUGGCAUAUGUGAAGUAUUUGGAUGGCCGACAACGCUUCGUUCAGUUCGGAAUUGUCAGCUUUGGAUCAUCAAAUUGCGGUGAUGGCAAUCCAGGUGUUUACACAAAUGUCGGUAGCUACAUUCGCUGGAUCGCCUACAAAAUUGCCACAAAAUGAAUUGAAUAAAAAUAAAUUUUAAUUUACAAAUUAAUGAAGAAGUGCAUUUAAGGUAAUUUACAAUAACUUCAAAACUUUUUACUGUUCCUUGCAUUAUUAUAUAUUAUAAUAAAACAUUGAAAUUUGCAAAUUCUUUUAUACCAA